UUCAAAAAAAUGUGUUGUGGAGUUCAAGCCAUGUUUCGUUGAUGCCCCAUGGUUUAUGCUUCAGCGAUAUAAAUGAUAAACGUCUUCACACGGGGUUGUCUUUGAAUUGAACUACAGUUUGGGGACCGCGGAAAGGAAGUUCUGUUUUUUUUGUGUGAUCAUACCUACCUGCCAGUGCUUGCCUUGCCCGCAUUACAAUGGUUGCGUCCUGUAUUGACGUUUGCCUGGGUCCAUCAUCGCUGUGGUGCUGAAAAUAAACGAACCCGUGCGGCCGUAGCGAGUGCAUGCUGCUGCGAACGAUGAGUAGGUUUCUGUGGACCUGCAGCGGUUGAAUUGCACCACCUCGCCCACUUCUUGAUUUUAUCCCUCAAAACCUGGACUCUACCGGCGCAGUUUAUGAAGACCCAGUGUGGACAGUAAUGACCUCACGCUCCCGGUUGCCAGCUGGCAGUAACGACAAUGUCCGAGCAUCAGAGCUGGCACAAGACAGGCAGCACACAGAGGUGGUCUGUAAUGUUCUUCUGCUGGAUAACACAGUUCAAGCCUUCAAAGUUAAUAAGCACGAUCAAGGACAGGUCCUGCUGGAUGUAGUGUUCAAGCACCUGGAGCUGACGGAGAGAGACUACUUCGGCCUACAGCUGGCCGACGACUCCUCAGACAGUCAGGCUGUCGCAACAGGUCAGAGGUGGCUGGAUCCAACCAAACCGAUUAGAAAGCAAUUAAAAAGGGGAUCUUCACACCGUUUGAAUUUUAGGGUUAAAUUCUUUGUAACCGACCCCAAUAAACUCCAGGAGGAGUAUACAAGGUACCAGUACGUUUUGCAGAUUAAACAGGACUUACUCAGUGGGAGGCUGCCGUGUCCGUACAUCACAGCCGCUCUUCUUGCUUCAUACGCCGUUCAGUCUGAGCUAGGGGACUACAGUCAGAACGAGAACUUGCCCGGCUACCUCUCCGGAUACUCUUUCAUCCCCAACGCACCACAUGACUUUGAGAAAGAGAUUGCCAAACAGCAUCAGCAACACAAGGGACUGCCUCCUGCCCAGUCAGAGUUCAAUUAUCUAAACACAGCACGGACGCUAGAGCUCUAUGGAGUCGAAUUGCACUAUGCAAGGGAUCAAAGCAACACUGAGAUUUUAAUCGGAGUGAUGUCAACUGGGAUUGUCAUCUAUAAGAACAGGGUACGAAUCAACUGCUUUCCAUGGCUACAGAUUGUAAAGAUCUCGUUUAAAUGUCGACAGUUUUUUAUUCAACUCAGAAGAGAAUUGAAUGAGAGCCGUGAGGCGCUGUUAGCCUUUAACAUGGUGAACUACCGAGCCUGUAAGAACCUAUGGAAGGCCUGUGUAGAGCACCACACCUUCUUCAGACUAGACCGACCCUUACCACCACAGAAGAACUUCUUUGCACAUGUCUUCCAUCUGGGCUCCAAGUACCGCUACUGUGGUAGGACAGAGGUGCAGUCUGUCCAGUACGGCAAGGAGAAGGGCAUCAAGGACAGGGUGUUCGCCAGGUCUCCCAGUAAGCCCUUGGUGCGGCGGCUGAUGGAUGGAGGGAUGGACUGGGAGUCAGUCAGCCGGAACUCCAGAGCCUCUCUGUCCGAUGACCGCCUGGAGACCCAGAGCCUGCCCACACGCUCCCCACCAGACACCCCCAACCACAGGAACUCCAAGUUUGCACAAGAGCGCCUGCGGCCGUCCUCCGUGGGACACCUGCUGGACCAUGUGAACUACCACGACCAUGCCUCGUCCUGCCAAACCUUUACCAAUCACAAGUCAGCCUCGUCAACCCAGGCCAACUCCAUCAGCCUAGAUUCUACCCCGUCACCAGACUCGACCAUCGACGGCCUGCCGCCCGCUCUGCCCCCUAAGCAGACCAGGAGGCCUCUGUCUAGCCAGUCCCACUCUCAGCAGGAGUUGGGCAACCACAUCAAUGAGCUUUAUGACACGCCUCUGUCAGAAGACAAGACUAUGCCCAAUGGAGUGCUUCCUCAUGACAAUCUGGUGUUCAUUAAAAUGUGCCCCGACGAACAAGGACGAUUUGGAUUCAAUGUGAAGGGUGGGCUGGACCAGAAGAUGCCUGUGAUCGUGUCCCGAGUGGCCCCGGGAACAGCGGCUGACCUGUGUGUUCCCCGGCUGAACGAGGGAGACCAGGUGGUGCUGAUCAACGGUCAGGACAUCUCAGAGCACACCCACGACCAGGUGGUCAUGUUCAUCAAGGCCAGCUGUGAGGAGAGCGACUCAGGAGAGCUGAACCUGCUGGUCAGACCCAACGCCAUGUAUGACCUGGUGGAGGAGGAGAAGCUGGAGGAUGGAGAUACAGAGUCUAACUACCAGUACUCCCCAGAGAGGGCGCCCCAGGACCAGCCCCAUGACCAGCCCCAUGACCAGCCAGACCACCACCCAUCCUGCUGGAGAGACUCCAUACUACAGCUGAAAGAAGGCUUGAGCACUGGGGCCGUACAGCAACAGUUUGAUCAACUCUACCGGAAAAGGCCUGGAUUGACAAUGUCAUGUGCCAAAUUACCUCAGAACAUUUCCAAAAAUCGAUAUCGAGACAUUUCACCGUAUGACGCCACCAGGGUUAUUCUGAGGGGCAAGGACGGGGACUAUAUCAAUGCAAAUUACAUCAAUAUGGUGAUCCCAGCGGCCAGUGCUGUAAACCGCUACAUCGCGUGCCAGGGCCCGCUGCCCGCCACCUGCUCUGACUUCUGGAGGAUGACUUGGGAACAGGGCUCCAACAUGGUGGUCAUGCUCACCACGCAGGUGGAGAGAGGACGGGUGAAGUGUCAUCAGUAUUGGCCCAACCCUGGUGCCAUUGCUACCCAUGGGGACUUCCAGGUGUCCUGUGUGACAGAAGAAGAGCAAUCAGCAUUCCUGGUCAGAGAGAUAACUCUCACACACCUGGAGAGUGAGGAGAGCAGGUCGCUGACUCAGAUCCAGUACAUGGCCUGGCCUGACCACGGUGUACCAGACGACUACACUGACUUCCUGGACUUCGUCAGUCUGGUCCGCAGAAAGAGGGAGGGCAAGGAGGAGCCGGUGAUAGUACACUGCAGCGCUGGGAUUGGUCGGACGGGGGUGCUCAUCACCAUGGAAACAGCCAUGUGUUUGAUUGAGUGCAAUCAGCCCGUGUAUCCGUUGGAUAUCGUGAGGACAAUGAGAGACCAGAGGGCCAUGAUGAUCCAGACUCCGAGCCAGUACAGGUUUGUCUGUGAGGCGAUCCUCAAGGUGUACGAGGAGGAGCAGGUCAAACCCCUGACAGCCACAGAGCCCCUGACACCUGUAGAGUCUCUGACGCCUACAAAGCCCCUGACACCCGUAGAGUCUCUGACGCCUACAAAGCCCCUGACACCCGUAGAGUCUCUGACACCCACAAAGCCCCUGACACCCGUAGAGUCUCUGACGCCUACAAAGCCCCUGACACCCGUAGAGUCUCUGACACCCACAAAGCCCCUGAUACCCGUAGAGUCUCUGACGUCUACAAAGCCCCUGACACCCGUAGAGUCUCUGACGCCUACAAAGCCCCUGAUACCCGAAGAGUCUCUGACGCCUACAAAGCCCCUGCUACCCGCAGAGUCUCUGACACCUACAAAGCCCCUGAUACCCGUAGAGUCUCUGACACCUACAAAUCCCCUGAUACCCGAAGAGUCUCUGACGCCUACAAAGCCCCUGAUACCCGUAGAGUCUCUGACGCCUACAAAGCCCCUGAUACCCGUAGAGUCUCUGAUGCCUACAAAGCCCCUGAUACCCGUAGAGUCUCUGAUGCCUACAAAGCCCCUGACACCCGUAGAGUCUCUGACACCCACAAAUCCCUUGAUACCCGUAGAGUCUCUGACGCCCACAAAGCCCCUGAUACCCGUAGAGUCUCUGACGCCCACAAAGCCCCUGAUACCCGUAGAGUCUCUGACACCCACAAAGCCCCUGAUACCCGUAGAGUCUCUGAUGCCCACAAAGCCCCUGAUACCCGUAGAGUCUCUGACACCCACAAAGCCCCUGAUACCCGUAGAGUCUCUGACACCCACAAAGCCCCUGAUACCCGUAGAGUCUCUGACGCCCACAAAGCCCCUGAUACCCGUAGAGUCUCUGACACCCACAAAGCCCCUGAUACCCGUAGAGUCUCUGACGCCCACAAAGCCCCUGAUACCCGUAGAGUCUCUGACACCCACAAAGCCCCUGAUACCCGUAGAGUCUCUGACGCCCACAAAGCCCCUGAUACCCGUAGAGUCUCUGACGCCCACAAAGCCCUUGAUACCCGUAGAGUCUCUGACGCCCACAAAGCCCCUGAUACCCGUAGAGUCUCUGACGCCCACAAAGCCCCUGAUACCCGUAGAGUCUCUGACGCCCACAAAGCCCCUGAUACCCGUAGAGUCUCUGACACCCACAAAUCCCCUGAUACCCGUAGAGUCUCUGAUGCCCACAAAGCCCCUGAUACCCGUAGAGUCUCUGACGCCUACAAAGCCCCUGAUACCCGUAGAGUCUCUGAUGCCUACAAAGCCCCUGACACCCGUAGAGUCUCUGACGCCUACAAAGCCCCUUACACUUGUAGAGUCUCUGACACCCACAAAGCCCCUGACACCUGUAGAGUCUCUGACACCCACAAAGCCCCUGACACCCGUAGAGUCUCUGAAUCCCACAAAGCCCCUGACACCCGUAGAGUCUCUGACGCCUACAAAGCCCUUGACACCCGUAGAGUCUCUGACGGCCACAAAGCCCCUGAUACCCGUAGAGUCUCUGACACCCACAACGCCCCUGAUACCCGUAGAGUCUCUGAUGCCUACAAAGCCCCUGACACCCGUAGAGUCUCUGACACCUACAAAGCCCCUGAUACCCGUAGAGUCUCUGACACCCGCAAAGCCCCUGACACAUGUAGAGUCUCUGACACCCGCAAAGCCCUUGACAACCUUAGAGCCUCUGACACCCACAGAGCCAGAGGUAGAGAUAGAGAGAAUUGGCUUUAUCCCUCCUGGGACUGACUGACUGACACAGGGCUACAUGGGCCUAAGCACCACCCUCUUCUUCCAUAGCCUGUCUAUCUGUCUGUCUAGAGCCUGUCUGUCUGUCUAGAGCCUGUCUGUCUGACUCCCUCAGUCACAAUAGUUUCUUCCCACAUCCGCCAUCUUGAGUCUGGCAAGAGAGACUACAGUCACAAGCAUGGAGACGACUACCGACAACCACUCGAACUGGCCUGGGAGGGGAAACAAAGCACUGUUGCACUUUAUGACGACAAAACGCCAUACUUUGGAGAAUUAACGGAAGAAGAAAAAAAGAAACAAAGUUACGAUGAUCAACUGGAAAUUGGGAUAUUAGCAAGUGUCCAGGAUGAAGAGCGAAGUGAGAAACAGAACAGUAGAUGGGUUGGAUAAUAUUGCUGCAGUGCCAUUACUUUCAGACAAACCUUCAUAAUGAACACGACAACUCAGUGGAAAAUGGACUGACGUUUGUUUUCAGCCCAUCAGUGCAUCAUCCCCAAGUGUCAUAUCAGUGGUUUCUUCACAGACUAGUCUUUCUGUCUUUGAUUACUCCGUAGACUUGAAGAGUCCAUUUUCUUUUUUUGAAAUCGAAAAACUAUUCAUCGUCAACUGAAGAUCUGUUCAGAAGUGGGUUGACCCUCUGUGUAAGGUCCUGGAAAAGCGCUCUGACUUCUACCCUAUGGCACUACUCAUCUUAUCAUCUAAUUUCUCUUAUUGAGACUGUAGGUUGUCGGAUGGAUACUUUUGGGCUUUUAUGUGUGUCUACAGAUUGGAAUCAUCUCCAGUGAAGGUGUUUCCCAAACCAAGGUCAAAGGCGGGGGAAGGUUAAGAGCGGUGGAGGCUGCAGAGGGGAGGGCGGCUCAUAAUCAUGGCUGGAGUGCAGUCGUUGGCAUGGCAUCGGCCACAUGGAAAACCACGUGUUUGAUACCAUUCCAUUGACUCUAUUCCAGCCAUUGUUAUGAGCAGUCCUCCACUCAGCAGCCUCCAAUGGUUAGGAGAGGCCUCCCUCCUCCUUUACCAUAAUCUCAUUAGCUGAUUACCUGCCAUUGAGCUCGGCACUAUGUGGUGGUGUUGGUGUUGUUGUUGUUGUUGUUAUUUUUGAGGCAGCUAUUCAACUUUGAUUCAGAUGGCUCAACAUGUGACGGUACAUCGGUCUCUCGAAGAUGCUAUACCACUAGCCCAAAACGGGCAGUAUUUUAAUGCAGGUUUUGUUAUUGCUAGUAACGUAGAAUGACCUUGCCAUGCAGGAUUGGGUUGGUACAGUCCAUAGGUGGUUUAUCGAGUGUCAUUGCAUCAGAUUUUGAAAUUGAAUAUGAGGUAUUCAGAGCUCUCUGAUUAAGAGCAUCGGGGUAUUUGGUACCAUGGUACUGUACAUCAGGAUUUUAGGCAGUUGGUGUACAUUACAUUCAGAUGGUACAUACAUUACAUAAAAUGACUGAGCUUUCAGGACCAAUAGGUUUUUAGACUUGUGAGUAAAACAAAAAGUUUUAAAAUUGUGUUGAAAAGCUAUAAGGCUCAAGCUAUAGAUUUGCUUGUGAUAUUUUUUUAUAAGAGACCCCUUUUGCUUCUUGGGGAUGGUCAGCACUUUUCAGCUGAACUUGUAGCAUAUUUGCUGCUAUGUAUGAUUAGACCCCCCCCCCCCCCCCAAAAAAAAAUGUUGGAAUUGUAUUUAGCAUUUUCUUAAUAUUUGUUGGAUAUAGACACCCCUAUGGGAAAUUUAAGCUAUAUGGUGUCAUCUAGAUUUGUGUAAUGUAACUAGUAUACAUUGACUAUGUUAAUUUAUAAGGUUUAAUGAAAUGAAAUUAACGUGAGACCAAGUUAUUUUUAUAAGAGAAGAAAAGUCCCAAACUUUUCCACUUGUGUAAAGUCCUGCUGGAAUUAGAAAGGAUUGUUAUGGGAAAGCAUUGCAAUAGAUGUAUGCUGUGUAAAAGUUCUCUCCUUAAGUCCAGUGACAGUGGAAAGAGUUGGGACCGGCAACAUGAAGCUCUGUACACUGACUAAUAGACUAAUCACCAUUAAUACUGUUCUUUUUUUAUGACAAUUGAAACCCACAAAGUGAUUUUAUUCCCAUGAUUUCCGGUUGAAUCGAUAGAUGCGAUUGUGCUUUUGAAAUCAGAAAGCUGGCUUGGUCAAACUUCAUCUUGCUGAUACUUCUGCAGUGGGUUUAUGCGGUACUAUUGCUGACCAUGUUUACAGUGGUCCGUGAGUUGGUUUUGUGAUUUGGAAAGGACGUGUAUCUACUGAAAGUCGGCGUGUUUACAAAAAGGCCCAAUCAGAUCACUCACCCCCUGCGUCCCAAAUGGCACCCUAUUCCCUAUACAAGUGCACCACUUUUGACCGGGCUCUAGCCAAAAGUAGUGCACUGAGUAGGGAGCCAUUUGAGACUCAGACGGUGUCUAACACUUCACCAUGAAAUAGACUGAGGCACUGGAAUGUUUAUUUUACAAGGUUGUCCCCGUUAAGGUCAAACACCUCUUUUUCAAGGGAGACCUGGGUGGUAUGUUUUUUUGUUUUUGCACGAUGCUUUUCGAUCUUAUCAUCACUUAGGAAUAGUACAACAUUCUGCACAACUGUGAUGUAAAUAUAAGCUUAAAUCUGUGAACUAGUGAAAUAUAUUUAAAGAUCAAAAUCAGGAGGAUGUACAAAUGUAAUGUUUGUUGUGAAGCUAUACAGAUAUUGAAUGUAUCGAUCUCAAGCUUUUAGUUGUUCGAAAAUGUACGGGAUGUAUAAUUUGACUUUUGAGGGGAAAUGUUUUUCAUACUACUGUACUUGUAAAUGCAGGUAAAUAUCAGUCUGGGCUCUGCCUGGUCUGCGACCUGCUCUGUGUUUUUGUUGUAAAUAGAAGCAAUAUCAUGUCAGUAAGGUGCCAAUGUUCUGUAAGUAAAGUCAAAUUUCUGUUGUA